AUGGCGGCCGUUUUAGCGGAGCUCGGUGGAAACGAUGCGGCUGUUCUACGUGACCGGGUGCUCCAGGUCCGAGAACAACACGAAACAGCGGGAUACAAACCCCGCUUGUCGUAUGAUACUUUGCAAGUGAUCGCGUUUUGCGGAACCUUGCGGUCUUCCACGAUUAUGUGCUUCGCGCCCUCCACAGGAGCCAUGGUCUCACUGGGGGAGCUGCCAAUUUCGGUUUCCGCAGCCAGUAUUGCGGUGGUAGGCCAGCGGGAUCUGUACGUGUGUGGAGGACAAGCAGGUCUCAACGCGCGCCCAACGGACAAAGUUUUCCUGUACAUUUCUGCACAGAAUGGCUGGCAAGAAAUGCAGCCGAUGCAGACAGCGCGAGCCGAGGCGGGUAUUGGGGUUGUAGAUGGAUUUGUGUUUGUUGUCGGCGGAGUGGGGAUUAGUGCCAAUGGUAUGGGCCUGACGGAAUUGGACAGUGUGGAGCGCUUUGACCCGAUCCACAAUGAAUGGAACUACGUCUCCAGUCUGCCGGUAGCGCAAACGUCAUGUGCGGUAGCCGUGCACAGUCGGCAACUGUUCGUUUUUGGAGGACAAUUGACUAGCAGUGUGCUGCUGUAUGAUGUCGCUGCGAAUGCAUGGAGCGAAGUUGCUGGUCUCGCAUCUCCGCGCAUCGGAUGUAGUGUGUGUGCCGGCAGCAGCGGACUGAUUUACGUCAUGGGUGGCACAGACUCCCGAGCACGCCUCGUUGCGGGGGAAAUCUACGAUCCACUGCAGAAGAAGUCCGUUCGGGGCUUUGCUGUGAGUCCCUUGCGCACCCGAGGGGCAAUCGCUCGCGUUGGAACGCGUUUGUACAUGUUAGGAGGGCAGUCGACUGCGCGCCAUGGACCUGGAACGGAAAUCCAGUGGUGCGAGGAGACCGACAUUGAUAUUGGAUGGACCCUUCACGACAGCCACAUUCCGGCAGACCGCUGCGAUGGGCUACAGUGUUCGGCUCUUAUCCUGUCGAAUGGCUGCGCUGUUCUCCUGCCCAAAUGA